AUAGAGAGAGAAGAGAUGUCUGAUAAGAUAUGGGUAUCGGAUAAUAUAAGUGAUAUAUUGGGAUAUACAGAGAAGACUUUGGUCGACUAUGUGAUGGCCAUGGCAAAGAAGGCUGGAUCAGUCGAUAAAUUGGUACAGUCAUUACAAGAUAAUGACUUCCCAUCAGGUGCCAAGACACAAGCAUUUGCCAAAGGUCUAAUAGAUAGACUACCAUCAAAGACUGGUGUCUCAUCAUCAUCAUCAAGUUCAUCAAGUGCAACAAAUGCAACAUCAUCAAGACAACGUGAUAAAGAGAAAGUGGACUUGUUAAAGAAGAAUGCAUCAUAUCAACUAAUCAAGGAUAUCAAUGAUGAUGACGACCAAGAUGACAGCGAUAAAGAAGAGAGAAGGAGACGAAAGAAGGAGAGGAAGAAGGAGAAGGAGAGGGAGAAGGAGAGGUUGAGGGAGGGCAAGGACAAAGAGACCACGACAACAACAUCAACAUCAACAACGACAACAACAAAGAAUGUUAGAAAGACAGACAAGGAUGGAUGGGACAAUGAUGAUACUGUCAUUGUCACAGGAGAGGACAAGAGAAGACAACAACAACAACAAGCAAUGGCCGCCGAGCAAGAACAAGAACAAGAACCAGAGGACGAUGAGGAUGAAUACGCACGCGAACAAAGAGAGAUAGCAGAGUUCAAUCUGAGAUUGAAGAAACGUGAUGAGGACAAGACAAAGAAGUUGGCACAGGAUAAGGGAGGCAAGGACCAGGAGCGCGAGUCGGACAGGAGGAAGAAGAAGAGUGGCGAUGAGGACUCAUUGGACAAGGACAGAGUUCUGUCAAGACGAAAGUUCUUGGUGGGCGAGGAGCAGAAGCGACUGGUUCUGCUGAAGCGCGAGCUGGACGACGAGGAGGAGCUGUUCAAGAGCGCCAAGCUCUCGGCGGAUGAGGUGCGCGAGUACCAAAAGAAGAAGCGACUGUACGAGCUGGCCAGCCAGCGCAUCAACGACGUGGUCGAGGACGACUACUACCGACUGCCGUCGUCCACCAAUGACGACGCCAAGUCCCGACGCCAACAGCAUGCCGACCUCCUCAAACCUCACUUUGAUCGCGGCGGUGCAAACAAGAAAGAGGAACAGAUGUCAUUCAACCCGGAGCAACGCGAGUGGGAGCGCAACAGAAUGCUCAUGGCGGCGCAGGAGGCAGGACAGACGCACGGCCCACAGGCUGGAGACGAGUACGAAUACGUGUUUGAGGACCAGAUCACAUUCAUCAAGGAGCAGCUGAUCACUGGCAAGAAGGACGAGGCGGUCGAGACGAUGCAGGUUGGCGACGACCUCAAACAGGCCAAGGCCAUGUCGAUACAGGAGACGCGAAAGUCGCUGCCAAUGUUCCCGUACCGCCAGCAGCUGCUGGACGCCGUGCGCGACCACCAGAUCCUGAUCAUCGUCGGUGAGACGGGCUCGGGCAAGACCACGCAGAUUCCGCAGUACCUGCACGAGGAGGGCUACACGAAACGCGGCAAGAUCGGCUGCACACAACCACGUCGUGUCGCCGCUAUGAGUGUGGCGGCUCGUGUCGCCGAAGAGAUGGGCUGCAAGCUUGGCAAUGAAGUUGGCUACUCAAUCCGUUUCGAAGACUGCACUAGCCAGAAGACCAUCCUGCAGUACAUGACUGAUGGUAUGCUGGUCCGCGAGUUCCUGACCAAGCCUGAUCUGGCAGACUACAGUGUACUGAUCAUUGACGAGGCGCACGAGAGGACCCUGCACACUGACAUCCUGUUUGGCCUGGUAAAGGAUGUUGCGCGCUUCCGACCCGACCUCAAACUGCUCAUCUCGUCGGCCACACUGGAUGCCGAGAAAUUCUCUGCGUACUUUGACGACGCGCCAACCUUUUACAUUCCUGGCCGCAGGUACGAGGUGGCCACUCAUUAUACACAAGCGCCUGAGGCAGACUACUUGGACGCCACCAUCGUUACAGUGCUCCAGAUUCACGUCACAGAACCAUUGGGUGACAUCUUGGUCUUCCUCACGGGUCAGGAGGAAGUGGACGCCGCAGCAGAGAUACUGAUGCAGCGCACACGAGGCCUGGGCUCCAAGAUCAAGGAGCUGAUCAUCACGCGAAUCUACUCCACAUUGCCCACCGACCUCCAGGCCAAGAUCUUUGAGCCGACGCCACCCAAUGCGCGCAAGGUCGUCCUGGCCACAAACAUUGCCGAGACCUCACUAACCAUUGAUGGCAUCAUCUACGUCAUUGAUCCAGGCUUUUGCAAGCAAAAGAACUAUAACCCGCGCACUGGAAUGGAGUCCCUGGUGGUGACGCCCGUGUCCAAGGCUUCGGCCAAUCAGCGCAAGGGUCGUGCGGGCCGUGUGGCGCCAGGCAAGUGUUUCCGUCUCUUCACAGCAUGGGCCUUUGAGAACGAGUUGGACGAGAAUACCAUUCCAGAGAUACAACGAACGAACCUUGGCAAUGUUGUGCUGAUGCUAAAGAGCAUGGGCAUCAACGACCUGAUACACUUUGACUUCAUGGAUCCGCCCCCUGCCGAGACCCUGAUCAAGGCGCUCGAGCAACUCUACGCGCUGGGCGCGCUCAACGACCGUGGACAACUCACCAAACUUGGCCGACGAAUGGCCGAGUUCCCACUGGACCCCCAGCUCUCCAAGAUGGUCAUCGCCUCGGAGAAGUAUAAAGUCACCGAAGAGAUACUCAGCAUUUGUGCAAUGCUAUCUGUAAAUAAUACUAUAUUCUAUCGACCUAAAGACAAGGCAUUUGCGGCGGACGCUGCGAGGAAGAACUUCCACCAUCCACAGGGCGACCACUUGACACUGCUCAACGUUUGGAACCAAUGGCGCGAGUCUGGCUUCUCAAUACAGUGGUGCUUUGAGAACUUUAUCCAACACCGAUCGAUGAAGCGAGCACAGGAUGUGCGCGAGCAGCUGGAAAGCCUGAUGGAGCGAGUCGAGAUCCAGGUCGAGUCGAACCCCGACGACACUGACUCCAUCCGCAAGUCAAUCGCCGCAGGCUUCUUCUAUCACACGGCCAAACUGGAAAAGAGUGGACAAUACCGAACGACCAAGCAUCAUCAGACCGUGCAGAUACAUCCAUCCUCGUGUCUAUUCCAGAACGCACCCAAAUGGGUCAUCUACCAUGAGUUGGUCGAGACGACCAAAGAGUUCAUGCGUCAAGUCAUCGAGAUCCAGCCAUCAUGGCUUGUAGAGAUAGCCCCGCACUUCUACAAGGAGAAGGACAUCAUAGAGACCCAGAAGUUGCCCAAGAACAGGGGUAGAGCUCAAAUGAAC